AUGGACUUUACAGAAGCAACCCCAGCAAUAAUUCAAUUGCCACCACUGCCGGUCAGCCAUGGCAAUUUUAUCGCCUAUCUCAAACAGAACGAGGACACGCCCAUGUCCCAGCUUCUGGCGCCGUACAAGCGAUACGACAACGAAAUGCGGAAGGUGUUCGCACAACAGUCAGACCACACAGCGGCGGAGAUCCCAAGCAUUGUGCCCAUCUUCAAUGGCAGCGAGGGAGAUUUGAAAGUCCGAGCACGAGACCUUGCCGCCGAAAGCGAUGCAACCAAGGCUUCCUUCAUGAUGCCCCUGGGCGAUGACCAGCGACUCGCCGGCGGCUCUUUGGCGGUGGUACCCUCACUCAGUGCCUUUCGCACCAAUUUCAAUGUCUUCUCGGAAUCUUCUCUCGUUGACAUGGACUGGUCCAACGUGGUUGUGGCUGGUUCUGCUGUUGUGACCUCGCUGUUGGCUGUCCCCGAACAGUAUGCCGGAACCAAACGAGCUUUGAGGGAGUAUUACCACGACAAGGUUGCCCCAGCAAGUGAUGUCGAUUUGUUCAUGUACGGAUUCAGCGAGGAUCAAGCCAAAAUCAAGAUCAAGCAGAUUGAGAUCAGUAUCAGGGACUCUAUCCUCACCGAGACCACCACCGUCCGCACGAAGAAUGCCAUAACCAUUGUUAGCCAAUACCCUACCCGUCAUGUUCAGAUUGUUCUUCGAAUUUACAAGACGAUCAGWGAGAUUCUGACCGGGUUUGACGUGGACUGCAGCUGUGCUGCCUAUAAUGGAAAACAAGUAUAUGCCAGCCCACGUGCGAUCGCGGCCUUCAUGACGCAGAUUAACACCAUCGACCUGACUCGCCGCUCGCCGUCCUACGAAAGCCGACUUUCCAAGUAUGCCCACAGAGGCUUUGAGAUUUCUUGGCCAGACCUCGACCGUUCUCGCAUCGAUCCCACGAUCUUCGAACGCUCCUUUGGACGCACUGAAGGACUUGCUCGACUGCUCAUCUUGGAGAAGUUGCCGAGGAGUGAGGACCGAGAUGCAUAUCUGGACCAGCGUCGUGCCGAACGUGGGCGUCCGGCCAUUAAUCGCUGGAGGAUGAACUCACGACGGCUACACGGCAACAUCAAGGAUGCUCAUGAGGAUGAAGUUGCGGACUGGGUCAAUGCCGAGGAUGUAUCCGACUAUCACACCUUCACAAUCCCGUACGGCCCAAAGUUCCACGCUCGAAAGAUCRAGAAGCUUCUCUUCACCAAAGACAUGCUACUAAAUGCAGAGUGGAACCUCCCCAAGGAUCGAGAGGUUCAUUUACAUCGGCAUCCUGCAUUCUUCGGUCGUGCUGAAGAUGUUUUCCACGACUGUUGCGGAUCCUGCCCUCGGCCCAAAACUGUCGAAGAAGAGGAGGUAUUUGAAGAAGAAAGCAAGAUCUACGUCUCUGGUGAUGUCGGCUUCAUCAAGGACGACCCCGGUAGGCAGGCCAUCGGCUCCUUUCAUCCAAUAACGCCUGCUGGUUGGACGGAGAUGGCUUAUGUUGGAAACACAGCCAGACUCUGCCAAGCGAUUGUUGAGCGUGAUGUCGACUACGUUCGUACUUGGCUCGAGCAAGAAGGCAAUGAUCCCAACACUCGGGACUUCACAGGUCGUACUCCUUUACACCUGGCCGUCGCCGACUCAUCUCUCGAGGUCGUGCAGCAGCUGAUUGACCACAAUGCGCGUCUCAUUGCCCGCCUGGUCGAUGGCAAGACCGCAUUGCAUUUGGCUGCCAUGCGUGGGAAUGUGGACAUAAUCUCUGCUCUGCUCCGUCGAAGUGAAACUAACGAAGAGGAGGAGCAAAAGAAGAUUGUUGCUCGUCGAGCGACGAGAGCAGGCGCGAGUGAUAACAUACUCAAGGGGGAGCUGAUGACUGACAUGCCCGCAGGGCAUCAGGCUGCGAAAGAAGAGAAUGAGAAUUCAGACAACGAUUCUGACAUUGAUAUUGACAUGAUGGAUGACUCGGAUGAGAGCGAUCUCGAUGCCACGACGGAAAACUCCAUGGUCAAGGUAAAGCCUCCCGUCCAUGAAGCGGACGACAAGGCCCUUGAGGGAGACAGCAACACCGACGAGCCUGACAUAUAUGACGUCAAUGUUCUGGCCUGGGAUACCGCAGUCUCUCCGCUCCAUCUAGCGAUUGUCAAUGGCCAUAUUGAUGCCGUCCGCUGCCUCGUACAAGACUUUGGUGCAGAUCUUAUGCUCCCAGUCAAAUUGUAUCACGAACACGAUAAAUCCGCUAGAGCGGCCGUUCUGACUCUAGUCCUCGCUCUGCAACUGCCUCUCCCCCGGGCUGAGGCAAUGACACGGGCUUUGAUCAAAUUGGGAGCUUCGUGUGCUCAAGCUGACAUGGAUCAGAACACGACUCUACAUACUGGUAUCCUUGCAAAGCCUGAACUCAUCCAGAGCCUUUACGAUGCCGACCCUACUGGGGUAUCUCGGGCUAUAAACCAUCUCUCCGUCUCUGGAUAUCAGUGGAAUCCAACAAUCGCCAGCCCGCUAAUGACAGCGAUCAAUGCGAGAGACAGCCAGACUGCCCUGCGUUUGCUUGGCCUGGGCGCCAAACCGAACAUUGAAUUCAGUGCAUAUAUCAAGGCGUACCAGACAAAGAAUGAAGUAUCGACAGACUCCAAAGAGAACAAUCAGCAAUUCCAGAGAACGCUUCAACAGCCCGUUGUUUGUGCGGUCCAGUGCGAGCUGCCGGAUCUCGCGGGUACCUUGAUCGAAGACCAUGGCGUGGAUCCAAAUACCCUGACCGCGUCUGGCUGGAAAGUCCUUAACGACCAAUAUUCGAGGAAGCACACCAAUGGUAGUAGCCUGCUCGAUGAGGUCCAUGCGAAGAUCAAGGAACUAGCAGAAUGGAAGCCGAUUGAAGACGAAGUUGGACACGCGCCAAUUGCGCUCGAUGCUGAAUCCACGUACAUGUCAGGGCUGACCAAGGGAUCUUAUGCUUGGUGGUCUGCGCGGAGACAGCUCACAGACGCAAAGGAGAAGUACGAUCGUGAAAUGGAGGCUUUCCAAAAGAAAUCCGAAGAAGUCAAGACCAAGAUCGGCGUCUCCGAGAAGCAGGAUGCCGUGAACGCGAUGUUGGCGCAGUUUGAGACUUUGGCAGAAUUGCUCAUCAAGCGAGGAGCGAAGACUUUCAAGGACCUGCAUCCAGACAUCAACGGAGCGGAAGAGUGGCCACAUCUUGACUUCGGACGAAGGAACCCUACACCCGCGCCGAGUCCAUUCCAGCUGGACUUUAGCUUUAAGCUACCCGAUCUCUCUGACGAGGCCUCGGAGCGGUACAUGCAGCUUUUCGAAAGCUCGUGGGUGAAUGAUUGGAAGAAGGUCAAAGAGUUGACUAUGUUGACCUGGAAAUCGAUCGACGGCGAGGACCAGCCACCACUCAAAAUUGCCGUUCUGGAUCAGCACAAACUCUCUCCAUUUGCCAUUGCUGUGUUGCAUGGUCACUUUGAACUCGCUACAAUGAUGAUGGAAAUUGCGCAGGCUCAGUUUGUACCGCCAGAUGCGCCCCAGCGUCGGCGACACAUACUCGUUGACGCAGAUGAUUCCGACAGCGACUCGGAAUCUAACAUGCGUAUUGUAUCUGAGCUUGUGGAUGAUACAUUUACUGUCGAGACGGUUGGCCAGAUCUCUACACAAACCCAGAGUCGAGUAUCUCCACAUGCAAUGCUGCUACGGACUGGCCCUAUUGACCUGUUUGGGGACGGUCGUUCAAAAGAAUCAAGCAAAUCCUCGCUCCCAGCCCGUUGUAGUCUGCUCCAAUAUGCUGUCCACUUUGGAGACGAGAAGUUGCUCGAAUACCUCCUCUCCCUUGCGGAGAAGUACAACAAUCUUUCCUCAUCCGCUGAGGAUGCAGAUAAAUUCUUCGCGCUCCCGCAGAGUGUGUACGACCAUGCCAUUGCAGUCGACCGGCCUCACAUAUUGGCGAAGUUGAUCAAGCGGACUGGAGCCGGGAUUCCCAUGGAUCAGCUUGUCAAACAGUCUGGAGUUGAAGUCGAGGAGAAGUCCAAAUACUAUCAGGGACUGUCAGUAUAUGGUACGAAGCGUCGAGACUGGGCCGCUCGUGGUCGAAAAUAUCAACGCAACUACCACGACGCCUUGCCUCUUAAUAGCUCCAGACCCCCGUUGUUGCAGGCCGCUUAUAAGGGAUCCUUGGAGACUGUCGAGUGGCUUCUCAGCGACGCUCCCAUCCGAUACUACAACGAAUUCGCCAAAGCAAAUUCCGAAGACAAGCGAAUCCAGUCCUUGUCAGAUAUACCAGGCGGCUUCGAAGCAUGCGUGCAAAAGUUCCUCGGCGCUCGCUCUCAUCUGAUCAUCCACUGCUGCAUCAUGGGCAAGCCAACCCCAGACGCCCUGGCUCUCCUUCGAUAUCUCGUACGGAUCUCGCCCGAUUGCAUAGAAGCCAAAUCUCAAGAACUGAUGACCCCUCUACACGUUGCAUUCCGUCUACACCGAGUCGAGGCAGCCGAGAUCUUGAUCGCAGCAGGUGCCGACCAAACAGCUCGAGACAAGUCCUCCAACAACAUUAUACAUCAUCUCCUCAAGCGACGCUUCGCAAGCGAGGAGAAACUCCACAGUAUCUCCUCAAUGCUAAAUCUCAUCAACAAGAACCUUCUACCCACUCUCUUCUUAGAGCGAUGUGCCGACCUCCCAGGCUCCCUAACCCCUCUGGCCCAAAUCAUCAAUCCCUCACAAGCAUAUCACUACUACAAUGGAACAGACUACAGCGAAGAAGUCAUUCGCACCAUUCUACAAUACAGCAAAGGCGUCGAACUCAAUUCCAUCAAUGGCGAAGGGCAUACUCCGCUACACGUCUACAUUCGAGAAAACCAAGAAGCUCUUACGAAAAUUGUCUUGGAUCAUGACUCUACAUUACUUCUCCGAGAAAAUGCUACGGGUCGCACACCUUUUGAAAUGGCGGAGGAUAGUCAUGUCGCUGUGAUGGUUACUAAUCCUCCGAGUCUUGAGAAACGAAACCGUAUGGGGAGAAGGAAUUGGAAAGUCAGAAACCAACCAAUCUGUGAUCGACCUGCGGAAGAUUUUGUGGAUGUUGAGUGUAGUAGUGAUAGUUCUCCUCAAGAGAAAAUCUGGGAAUUUCUACAGCAAACCAAAGCGAAACUUGCAGCUGAGGGGUUUGCGCAGAGAAGAUUGGUGACGUUGAAUGAAGCUAAUGAAGUAGCGAAGAGAUUGGCGGAUAGGAAAUUGGAUGAGAGGAAGUUUAGGGGUAGACAGGUUGUUGUUGAUGUUGAUGAUGGUGGUGAUGAUGAUGGUCAGAAAAUUGAUGGGGAGCAGAAGGUGAUGGAUGAGGUGCAGAUUUGGAUGUGGGAUUGA